GGUCGGUGUUUCCUACAAGUCUUUUUUUUGGCCUGUCUGUCCUAAUAGGAAAGGUGAUACGAGGCCCUAAUGAAGUGGAAGAAGGAAAAGGAGGAGGAGGAGAAGGAGGAGAAGAGAAAUGAAUCGAAAAAGAUUGGCCAAUCCUUUAUAUACCACAUCAUGGAGAACACCGAUGUGUUGAGGAUCAUGGCGCGCCCGAUUAACGAGGCGAAGGAGUUCCCCCAUCUCCCUAUCCGCGGAGGAGGCUGCGGCGAUGGAGGAGGAGGAGGAGGAGGGGGAGGAUGCAGCAAUGGAGGAGGAGGAAGAGGAGGCCGAGGUGAUGGAGGAGAAAGAGGAGCUGAAAUACCGACGAGGACGAGGACAAGUCCGCCACGAUGGAGGACGAGGAAGAGGAGGAGGAGGAGGAAGAAGAGGAGGAGGAGGAGGAGGAGGAGGAGGCUAUUGGGGAGGAGGAGGAGAUGCCGAGGAGGAGGCCGGCGCAAUGGAGGAGGAGGCAGUGGCGAUUGGGGAGGAAGAGGAGAUGCCGAGGGGGAGGCCGACACAAUGGAGGAGGACGAGGAGGAGGCUGCGGUGAUUGGGGAAGAGGAGGAGAGGCCAGGGAAAAGGCCGACGCAAUGGAGGAGGAGGAGGAGGAGGAGGAGAGGCCGAGGAGGAGGCCGACGCAAUGGAGGAGGAGGAGGAGGAGGCUGCGGCGAUUGGGGAGGAGGAGGAGAGGCCGAGGAGAAGGCUGACGCAAUGGAGGAGGAGGAGGCAGAGGAGGCCGACGCGAUGGGGGAGGAGGAGGAGGAGGAGGCUGCGGCGAUUGGGGAGAAGGACCGAGGAGGAGGCUGUGGCGAUAGAGGAAGAGGAGGAGGACGAGUACGAGGAGGAGGAGGACGCCGCGGUGAUGGCGCAAAAGGAGGAGGAGGAAGAGGAGGCCGAGGCGAUGGAGGACGCGGAGGAGGAGGAGGCGGAGGAGGAGGAGGAGGAGGCCGCGACAUGGACAAGGAGGAGGAGAAGGAGAAGGUCGUGAUGGAGGAGGAGGAGGAGGAGGAAGAAGAAGAAGAGGAGGAGGAGGAGGAAGAAGAAGAGGAGGAGGAGGAGGAGGAGGAGGCCACGGCAAUGGAGGAGGACGAGACGAUGGAGGACGAGGAGGAGGAAAAAGAAGAGGAGGAGAAGGUUGCGGCAAUGGAGGAGGAUGAGGCGACGGAGGAAGAGGAGGAGGAAGAAGAAGAAGAGGAGGAGGAAGAAGAAGAAGAGGAGGAGGAGGCCGAGGAGGGGGAGGAGGACGAGGAGGAUAAGGAAGAAGAAGAGGAGGAGGCUGCGGUGAUGGAGGACGAGGAGGAGAAAGAAGAAGAGGAGGAGGAGGAGGAGGAGGGGGAGGAGGGGGAGGAGGAGGUGGAGGAGGUGGAGGAGGUGGAGGAGGAGGAGGUGAAAGAGAUGAGGAGGAGGACGAAAAGGAGCAAGAGGUGCAAAGGAAAGAGGAAGGAGAAGAUAAGGAGGAGAAUAUUGAAGUGUGAAAGGGAAAAAAUGAGGAAGGGGAGGAGGAGAAGAGGAGAAGAGGAGAAGCAGGCGGAGAAGGAGGAGGAGGAGAAGGAGGAGGAGGAGGAGGAGGAGGUGGCUAAUAGGGAAGUCGGCGGCGAUGGCGCGUCGGGUUGCGGUGGACGGCAUCAGAGUUCGGCAAAAGUAACACCGAACUCCAACGACAUCAUGGACCAGAGGGCCGGGGAAACAGACGAGGCCUAUCAGGCCCGCAUGUUAGCCUGGUGCACCGAAACUAAGAAGCGAGCAGAUGAYRCUGCAGCUGCAGCAAAGAGGAAGGCARAGGAAGCCGAACAGGCACGGCUGCUGGCAGAUGAGCAACGGCGCCAGCAGGCCGARGCAGCAGCAAGGGCUGCCGAUGAAGAGAGACAYCAACRYCGCRAGAAGAUCUUCACCGGAGAGCCGGCGAUUCUCAACAUGGCAGCAGCAUGGCGAACCGAGGCUGAGGAAGGCAAGUUGGAGGACAGCGCCAACAAGAUAGCRCUCCUCCUCUCGCACCUCACCGAUMUCCUGGCCACCUGCAUUACACAGCAGGAGGAGAUCCAUGGCCUCGACAACUCGGUAGCUGAUCUCCAAGACCGCCUUCAGCGUCUGGAGCAGCGACCGGUCGCCGCCGCCGACGCCAGCUCUUCCAACACCGCCGACCGCCUCAAUGCUUUGGAGAUGGACGUCGGUUCACUCAAGGACGGCGUGCAAUCGCAGCAGACCGCGACACAGCAAUUGCAGCAGCGGCUCUGCGCCACCGCCACCACCUCGAGUUCCGAACCACGUGAGACAACUCCAAAAUUCGAUGGGCAGGAGAUCUUCUGCGACGCAACGAAGACAGAUCCUAUUCCAUGGUUCCGCAAGUUCGAGCUCACGCUGCAGUUGGCCAACCUCAAGGAACACAAGCACCACGCUUACCUGUACUCUCGCUCAGGGGGCGCGUGCCAGGCCUGGUUGGACAACCUCCUAUCCAAGUACGGAGUAGUAGCAGCCGACUUGCACACCAAGAUCAGUUGGGAUGAUCUGAAGGCGGCGUGGCACAAGCGGUUCCAGGUGGAGCCGCCAGAGAUCAAGGCCAUGGACAAGCUCAUGGUUUUCGAGCAGGGCUCGCUGCCGAGCGCGGACUGGAUCGCCGAGUACCAACGCUUGACAUUUGUCCCAGACAUCCAGAUGGGCUUCAAAGCCAUCCGCCACUAUUUCAUCUCAAGGUCAUGUCCGGCAUUGAGCAAUGCCUUGACGCAUGUCGAGGACACCUUGACGACGACGGCGGAGUUAUUCGACAAGGCGGCGCAGAUCAUUAUCACGAACAAGGAGGCCAAGAACCUCCGUUCUUCUGCGUCAGGCCCGAGCAGGGACCAGCAUCGGCCAAGAGUGGUCGUGGUCGCAGCGGCAACGCCCGUCGACCAAUCCAGCGAGGCUGCGUCUGCCAGUGAAGGGGACAGAUUCGCAGCAGCCCGGGAAGGUGGCCGCCCCGGCAGAGGCCGAGACGCAGGUUUGCCCAUUGAAAGGCAAGGGCAAACAUGGAAACCGAGCACCGCCGAGAGUGACGCGACGACACUCUCGACGCCUUCGGAACUGGUUUCUUCGCGAGUAACCAGCCUUCAUUCCGAGGCGCACGCGGAAGUCGACAGUCCUCCGCCCCUACUUUCUUUCGAGGACUAUGCUGCCCCGCUCGAUCCAACACUGGGUUCUCAAGCUCAAGGACAAGGAUUGUGUGUGGUUUCUUCUCCGUCCGGCAACAGCGACAAUUCGUCUUCAAGUGGUGAUUCACGGGAUUCAGCGCGCGAGUUCAAUAUAGAGGCAUUGGACCUGCUCACGUCUGAGGACUUUGCAUGGCUUCCUCUCCCGACCACAGGCUGUUUGCCGGGACCGCAAUGCGCAGCACUUAGCGCUCAUCUCCACACUUACCUUUCCUUCUAUGCACCACCAACUUCGCCGACGGAUGACGAAGUCGCGGUGGGGGACAUCCUGGCAUAUAUUACCAAGGUGGCCCGCAAGUUUCGCACGCAGCGGUACGAUAACAACAAUGCACCGCUCAUGUAUGUCCGCACCCAGGUUGGGCAAGCGUCCUGCAGCGCUUUGCUGGAUAGCGGUGCAUCUCGCAACUUCAUGAGCCAGUCUUUUAUGCAAAGGGCUGGCCUUGGCGCUCAAGUUCGGAGGAAGGCAAACCCGACGGCGAUCAAGUUGGCGGAUGGUAAGACGCAGCAACUUCUCGACCGUUACAUCGAGGCCGUACCGGUCUAUUUCGCACCUCAUGCAUGCGAACCGGUAACAUUCGAUAUUCUCGACACGGACUUCGAUAUCAUUCUGGGAAUGCCUUGGCUCGCAAGUGCGGAUCGCACGGUCAACUUCCAUCGGUGGACUCUUAGCGUUCGCGACGCCUUCGGCGCGGAAGUGGCGUGUACUAUUCCUCACCUUCCGGCGGCUAUGACCAAUGAGUUUCGUGCGAUGUUGGACCGGUUCGUGCUGGUCUACUUAGACGAUAUUCUCGUCUACAACCGGUCAUUGGAGGAUCAUCUGGGGCAUCUUCGACGAGUGUUGGAGACGCUCCGCCGUGCCAAGUACAAGGCCAACCGCGACAAGUGUGAGUUUGUCCGGCAAGAGCUGGAAUACUUGGGCCAUUUUGUCACACCGGAGGGCAUCAGUCCGCUAUCGGACAAGAUUCAGGUCGUCCAGGAGUGGCCGGAGCCUCGGAACGUCACGGAUGUUCGCUCAUUCCUUGGUCUCACCGGCUACUAUCAGCGUUUCAUCAAAGGCUACUCCAAGAUCGCGGCCCACUUGAACAAGCUUCAGUGUGAGGAUCGGCCGUUUGACUUUGGAGAGGAGGCGCGGGGAUCAUUCCUCGCUCUCAAAGCCGCGCUGUUGUCUGCAGAGGUCUUGCGAAUCUACGACCCGCUCGCGCCUACGCGUUACUUGAGCAAGAAAGUGCCCCUCGUGCAUUCCAUUGACGAUGCACACAAGAAGGAGUUCCUCGCCUUCGUCCACACGCUCAAGCGGUGGCGGCACUUCCUCCUUGGUCGAAGCCAGUUUCGCUGGGUAACGGUCAACAAUCCGUUGGUCUUCUACAAGACCCAGGACACCAUCAACAGCACCAUCGCUCGAUGGAUGGCUUUCAUCGGCCAGUUCGAUUUCUUCCCCGAUCACAUUCCUGGGAAGUCUAACCGUUUUGCGGAUGCUCUUUCACGGCGUCCGGAUCAUUGUACCGCGGUCUACUCGACUUUCGAGAUUGACGAUGACCUGCGGAACAGCUUUAUCUGCGGCUACCAACCCGACCCCGAGUUUCGCGACAAGUACGCGAAUUGCUCCUCUCCUAAUCCAGCUCCUUCUCACUACCGGAUCCAGGAGGGGUACUUGCUUGUCCACACGCGGGGGAAGGACCUUCUUUGCGUACCGAGUGAUCCUCACUUGUGUACACGGCUUCUUGGCGAGUUCCACGACGCUCCCGCCACUGGACAUUUUGAAGUCAAUCGCACGAUUGGCCAACUUCGCCAGCGAUUUUGGUGGCCCGGCCUUCUCAGCAACGUCACGCGCUACUGCGAGUCAUGCGAGGUUUGUCGGCGUUGCAAAUCCCACAAUCAUCGUCUGUACGACGAGCUACGACCAUUGCCAGUUCCGUUGAGGCGAAGGGAAGCGAUUGCCAUGGACAUCACCAGCCCGUUCCCCAAGCACAAGACCUGAGUGGAUGGGAUUCUCACGGUGGUCGACCGACUCACCAAGUUCGCCAUGUUUUUGCCUUACCGCUAUCAUGCUAAGGCACC